AUGGUAGAGCAGAGAUCAGCAUCAACUGGCAUGGAACAGCUCACUUCUUCUUCCUCCGUCGUGGAUAUCAACUUGGCUGGUUUGAUUGGCGUGACCCUCAAAUUUGAGGCAAAAGGCCCAUCACGCGCAAGUUCACGUCAUAGUUUCACCAAAGCCAACAACACCACACCUCCUUAUACGACAGACGACGAGCAAACAACGCCAGAUGGCCACGCUGUGACUGCACCCGAAGGCUUCAUCCAAACAUCCUCCCUCUUCAUGUGCAACUCGCCGAAGCUACAAGCUGUCAGCACAGCUCUGUGGGAGGGCAUCCGCGUCAUUGCGUAUAUAUCGGGCAAUGCAGUUAUCAUACUUGGAGGACCGCAGAAAGUGCUACAAACUAUCUACCUCGAUGACGUUGAAUGGCUUUCCGCUGUUAAUAUAGAUGGAGCUUCUGGGAGGAUUGCUGUAUGCGGUGGACGGACAAUACUUGUGUACAACCCGUCAAAAAUCCGCAAUAACGUCGAGUGGAAGCUACAUCACACAUUUCAGCGCGAAGAUGCCGAUUCUAGUGAUGAGGAUGACAAUGACGGAGAUGGAGAGGUCAGAACGCUGUCAUGGGGCGGUUCCGGUGAGCUCCUAGCAGGCAGCAAGAGCCUUGUUCUUUGGCACAUUGACGACGACGCUCCACAUGCUAUAUGGACAAACAAACUGGCAAACCGGGCCAAGAUUGCGCAGUUCUCAUACGAUGCAGGGCUUAUUGCUUCCACUGGGGACUACGACCGGUUUGUAAAGGUAUGGAGGCGACUUUCCUUCGGCGCUGACGAAGCUCGGUUCGACGUGACGUACCUACGGCAUCCAAGUACUGUGACGGGAAUACAUUGGCGCCGACCGCAUCAUGUCGAGCAGACAAUAGACAAUGUCCUUUACACGAUAUGCUCCGACAACAAGAUACGAAUAUGGGCACCAAUGGAUCGUCAUGCCUUACAGGCACUUCAACUUUGGAAUGUGAUUGAUAUGGAAGCUUCAAUUCAGCCGCGAUACCCCCUUAAAUCACCCAAUGCCAGCAAUAGAUAUGAAUUCAUUGUUGAUAGUCGUGAUUUCUCCCUUGCCACUGAACGUGCAGUGCAGCUCGGGCCUGCAACAGAAAAGGACAAAUUUGCUCUCGACCACCUUAUCGAGGCUGCCACCAAGAGUCCGGAGGUUUGUGUCAUUCUUGACAAGAACGGCCAUAUGUGUGUAUGGGGACUAGAGAAUGCUGGCUGUAAAGCACAUGCUGAAGCUAAUAUCUUCAACAUAGCUCACAUUGAAGGAUUGGAUCUUUCUACUGCUCUAGGUAACCAUCAGACAGGCAACUACGCCCAAUUCUAUUCUUUUGCUGGAGGUGUUUCUGAUGCAUCCUUUACCGUCCUUACCCAUUACUACGAUGGACGGAUUGAGUGGUUUGACUCACGGGUCGAUAUUCUAUUCGACCCUACACCUCGAAAACGCCGGUUAGUGUCUCAGGCCACCUGGUCUGGACAUACGGAAUCAGUGAAAAAGAUAGUCCGCACGCCUAGUGGGAAGGUUCUAAGCUCCCGAACAAAUGACAAUAAUGCCGUGAUAUGGCGUCAAAGGUCAAAUACAAGCACUGGCUCCGUAUUGGUCCAACAAAGUGCUCUCAACUGUGAUAUGCAUAUUCAUCGAACCUGUUUGUUGGAAGAUGGAAAUUUCCUGGUCAAUCUCCACCAUAACGGGAUAUCCAUGUGGGAUAUUCGCUCAUUCGAAGCUCAGAUGAUUGCGAAAAGUGAUUUGCACCUCAGCAGUAAACCUCUAUGUGUUUUGCUUAUACCAACAUCUGAAUCUUGUACUUCCUACAUUGCCGCAAUAGGGGCUGAUAUGACAGGCGUAGCCUGGGAAGUCACCCUUCCUAGUGGCAAUACACCUCGAGGGCAGUCAACAAAGCAUGAUACCCCCAUUUUGCGAGAGUUCUCGACGUUCAGUCUCGGGUCGGAUGAGGAAGUUGCUUACAUUCUCCCCGUUGAUCCAGCUGGAUCGAAACUCCAGGCAUCUCAUUCUUUGGAUUUGUUUGCCACUGAUAUCGCUCUGUCUUACUCUCAUAAUGGGACCAUCAAAACAUGGACUGCUAAAGUCGAUAAAUCAAAGGGCAGGGUUGAUUGGCUACUGACUGCCACUGUUGAGACGGGAAUUCCAAAUCCUUCCCUGGCGAGCGCUGGCUCAGUCCGAAAGGCUGCGCUUGUAGACCAAAAUCGAACACGUUUAACUAUAUGGGACACAAACAGUGCUCAAUUGGAGCUGGAGGAAAGCUUUGAAGAACAUGAUAUCAUCCAGGAUUUGGACUGGACUUCAACCCCUGACAUCCAGUCAAUUUUGGCUGUCGGUUUUCCACACAAAGUCAUCCUGCUCUCACAAUUAAGAUACGAUUACCUUGAUGCUGGUCCUUCGUGGGCACAGAUCCGGGAGAUUAAGAUCGGCCGUCACACACCGCACCCUAUCGGAGAUUCGUGUUGGCUCGGUAAUGGAAACCUGGUUGUUGGUGCCGGUAACCAACUCUUCGUGUAUGAUAAAUACAUCGAAGCAAGCAACAGAUGGGUUACCAACUUGCGUCUACCUUACCAUGAUGAUACUCAUUUCGACCUAUUCGAUGCUGUUAGCAGGCUAAAUGGCCCUCUUCCAGUUUUCCAUCCGCAGUUUCUAGCCCAAUGCAUCUUGAGCGGCAAAAUAAGCCUGGUUCACUUGAUAUUGACAAAACUGCAUAGGAAAUUGAAGUUCGUUACCGAUGGUGACGAAGUCGAUGGUUUUCUAGAGAUUCCGCUGGAAGAUAUAUAUAAUGAGGUCUCUAUAACGUAUAAGGAGAUGAAUUCUGCCUAUGCAAAUUUUACCCUGGAUCAUGAACCUCGUGUUCUUGAUGAGAAUAUUGCUACGUCACUCAAUGAAUACCUGAAGAAGAUAACCCUUCCACAAUUAUCGUCUAAAGAACAGUUCCGUCUCGUUGAUAUCGUUGAAUGCGUUGCUACAGUAGAGAAACAUCGACGUUCAAUGGACGUGAAUGCUGCGAGAUAUAUACUCUUCUUCCGACAAUAUAUGCUCAGGAAGAGUCAAGGUUUCCUUGAAGAGUAUAUGGUCCCUUGGCGAGAGAUCGUCUGGGCAUUUCACAGUGAUAGCCAUGAAAUUCUUACCGAUCUCGUUGGGAGACAGUUCCAUGGCAAGAUGCUUUGGGAGAAUGCUAGAGAAAGUGGAAUUUUCAUGUGGAUUACUGACAUAAACGCUCUGCGUUCUCUUCUAGAAGUUAUCGCUCGAAAUGAAUAUACCAAGUCUGAGGACAAGAACCCUAUCGAUUGCAGCAUUUUCUAUCUCGCCCUAAAGAAAAAGAAAGUGUUGCAAGGCCUUUGGAGAAUGGCAACCUGGCACAGGGAACAGCCAAACACGCACCGAUUUUUGUCAAAUAAUUUUCAAGAAGAACGUUGGCAGACCGCUGCAUUGAAGAAUGCUUUUGCGUUACUCGGAAAGAGAAGAUUUGAGUACGCUGCUGCCUUCUUUUUGCUUGCAGACCAUCUGCGUGAUGCAGUAAACGUCUGCAUCAAUCAGCUUAGAGACAUACAACUUGCAAUCACAAUUGCUCGUGCUUAUGAAGGUGAUGAUGGUCCGGUUUUGAAAGAAUUCUUGGAAGAGCGGGUACUCAUUACGGCUGCCACGGAGGGCAACCGAUGGAUGGCAACUUGGGCUUUUUGGAUGCUUAACAGGCGUGAUAUGGCCGUUCGAGCUUUAGUCUUGCGUGACAAGACCCUUCAAACUUUAAAGGGUGCAUCCAGGAUUGGCGCUCGGGAGGAAUGGGAGUUUGUUCUGCGCAAUGCACGGCUAUAUGACCGCAUGGGCUGUGACCUCCUUGCUCUCAACCUGGUACGAGAGUGGGAGUUCCUCACUCCAUCUCAUCCUACGGAUACUGUCUCUGACAGACUCUCGAUCAGCUUCAUGGAAGAUUCACGAGAUCCACGAAAGAUUCUCAAGCGAAGAGGGAGCCUCGUCGUUGCCGAUAUGCAUAUCACUCAUGACAAGAAAGACGACGCCAGAAAACCCGAAGCUAACAAGGAUGGCUCUCAGCAGGCCAAAAAUCCCACCCAAUUCCAAGAGCCGGAGUCAAGUUCUUUGCUUGAUUCCUUUGGUUUCUAG